GUUUUGGAAAUGGACAUCUUUAUUUUGUGUACAAUAGUUACUUAAGAGAAAUCGAGUAAAGAAAUGACUAAUGUCCGUCAUAAGACAUAAAUUGAAAACUAUGUCCCGGCCGGGGUGAUGGUUUUCAAACACCAUCUGCUUACUAAUGCGGCGAACCGACCAAACCUCAUACGCGCGGACGUGAUUACCACGUUCCUUAAUUUCACAGUACAUCACUAAGUUGGAGGUUCUUGAAGACAACUUAAAGGAGUCAAGAUGAGGAUGAGCUGUAAUGGAUGCAGAGUUUUGAGAAAAGGGUGUAGCGAGAACUGCAGUAUAAGGUCGUCUUUGGCUUGGAUCGAAUCCCCUGAAUCUCAAGCCAACGCAACCGUGUUUCUUGCUAAGUUCUAUGGCCGUACUGGUCUCGUCAACCUCAUCAACGCCGGUCCGGAUCAUCUUCGUCCUGCCAUAUUCCGUUCACUGUUGCACGAAGUAUGUGGGAGGGUUGUGAAUCCGAUCUACGGUUCGGUUGGUUUAUUGUGGUCUGGAAGUUGGCAGCUUUGUCAAGCCGCGGUCGAUGCGGUUUUGAAGGGUGAAGCUAUCACUCCGAUCGCCACGGAUACGGCGGCGAACGGCCAAGGUCCGCCGAUUAAAGUUUACGACAUUCGUCAUAUCUCCAAGAAAGAGAACGCCGCCGCAAAUGGCUCGAGCCGUCAUCGGAAAAGAUACAAGACCCGACGGGUUAAAGCUAAACAGGAGGAGAAAGCUAACGAGGCUAGUCACGACUCGUCGCUGAGCCACCAGUCUGAAGAUGAGACAGCGAAUUUUCCGAUCGAGCUGGAGUUGAAGCUGGGGAUUGAACCGGUUCUUUCACAUGUUGUUGUGCCGGUUAAGAAGAGGAGGAUGGGCGUGUUUCGCACGUGUCACUUGGAGAAGUAUACGUGUAACGAAGAUGUUGGACUUUCAAAGUAAACUUUAAGCUAAAGUAUAUAGACUUAUACAGGCCCAAUAAAACCCAGUUACCAUAUAAAACACAUGUCAUAAUUUUAUUGGAUUGACAAUAGUUGUUAAUUAGCGAGUAUAAAAGAUUUUGCAGUUUUCUUGUUCA